CAAAAGAAGAGACAACUGUACGUCAUUGGCUAGAGCCAAGAUGGCGGCCACGAUGUUGAGGUCGCUCGGUAAGCUAGGACGUCCUUCAACAACAUUGAUUUUAAACAAAAGUUUGGUGAGCCCCGGGUGCACCGUGCUGCAGAACAGGCAGAAGCAGUGGCAGCCAGAUGUGGAGUGGACAGAGCAGUAUGCCGGGGCCGUCAUGUAUCCCACCGCCAUCAAUGAGAAAUGGACGCCGCCCCCAUGGAACGACAAAGAUCCACCUGCAGAGAAGGAGGUGUCCAACCUGACCAUCAACUUUGGCCCCCAGCAUCCCGCCGCUCACGGUGUGCUGCGUCUGGUGAUGGAGCUGAGCGGAGAGUCUGUCAAGAAAUGUGACCCCCACAUCGGUCUGCUUCACCGCGGCACCGAAAAACUCAUCGAGUACAAGACCUACCUGCAGGCUCUGCCCUACUUCGACCGUCUGGACUACGUAUCCAUGAUGUGCAACGAGCAGGCCUACUCCCUGGCCGUGGAGAAGCUGCUCAACAUCCAGGCUCCACUCCGUGCCCAGUGGAUCAGAGUGCUGUACGGAGAGCUGACCCGCAUCCUGAACCACAUCAUGGCCGUCACCACACACGCCCUGGACAUUGGCGCCAUGACCCCUUUCUUCUGGAUGUUCGAGGAGAGAGAGAAGAUGUUUGAGUUUUAUGAGCGAGUGUCUGGAGCCAGGAUGCACGCUGCCUACGUUAGACCCGGUGGUGUUCACCAGGAUUUGCCCCUCGGUUUGAUGGACGACAUCUACGAGUGGUGCAAGAAUUUCUCCAUCAGAAUCGAUGAGGUGGAAGAGAUGUUGACCAACAACCGCAUCUGGAAGAACCGCACCGUAGACAUCGGAGUGGUAACUGCUGAGGAGGCCCUUAACUAUGGCUUCAGCGGGGUGAUGCUGAGAGGGUCGGGCAUCAAGUGGGACCUGAGGAAGUCUCAGACGUACGACAAGUACGACGAGGUGGAGUUUGACGUACCUAUUGGGAGCAAGGGAGACUGCUAUGACAGGUAUCUGUGCCGAGUGGAGGAGAUGAGGCAGUCUCUGAGGAUCAUGAUCCAGGCUCUCAACAAGAUGCCGGAAGGAGAGAUCAAGGUGGACGAUGCCAAGGUGGCUCCACCCAAGAGGUCGGAGAUGAAGAUGUCCAUGGAGUCUCUGAUCCACCACUUUAAACUGUACACAGAGGGCUACCAGGUCCCCCCAGGGUCAACGUACACAGCCGUGGAGGCGCCCAAGGGAGAGUUUGGUGUUUAUCUGGUGUCGGACGGUUCCAGCAGACCUUACCGCUGCAAGAUCAAAGCUCCCGGAUUCGCUCACUUGGCUGGUCUGGAUAAAAUGGCCAAGGGACACAUGCUGGCUGACGUGGUGGCCAUUAUUGGCACACAGGACAUAGUGUUCGGCGAGGUUGACCGCUAACAGGAAGCUGCUCGCUCCAAACCGAAGAGGAGAGCCCAUCCUCUCUUAACCCGCUUUGUUAGGUUCUGUUCUUGUUCACUAUUCAUCAUAGUGAGACCUCUGACAGAUGACUCCACUCGUAAUCACUGAUGUACAAUGUCUAAAUAAGCCUAAUAAAUAUUUUAUGAUCCAA